UCCAGCCUGAGGAGCUCCUGCUCCUUCCCCAACCUGCUGCUGUGGCUCCUCAACCUCUCCCUGCUCGCCCUCGCCGCCGCCGCGCUCGCCCCGGCGCUGCUGCUCCGGCCCCGCCCGACGCCCUUCGGCUGGGCGCUCCUCUCCGUGCACGCCGCCACGCUGCUCUCGGCGCUCGCGUCCCUACACGCCCACCUCGCCCACCGCCGCCUCUGCUGCCACGCCCACGCAGCCCUCGCGGUCGCCGCGCUCUGCGGCCACGCGCUCGCCUCCUACGCCCUGCUCCUCCGCCGCGACCGGAGCCUCGCGCUGCUCGCGUCGGCGAGGGACCGGAGGGAGCAGGUCGCGCUGGUGCUCCUGGAGGCGGCGCUGCUGCUGGCCAUGUUCCUGGUGCAGGCCGUGGCACUGGCGGCGGCCUGCGCCGUGGACCGGCGGUGGGCGAGGGAACACGAGGCGGCCGAGGCCGAGAAGGCCGCCGCGGCGAGGAAGCGCGAGAGGAAGAUGACGCGCGUGCGGGCUGAGGAGGCGCAGGCCGGCGUGGGGGCAGUGGACGAGGAGAAGGCGACGAGCGGCAAGGUGGUGCUCCGGGGAAACGACGAGGAAUGAUAUCCCGUUGUUUAGCGCUCUCGGUUACUUUUGGUUUCAGAAGUAGUAGUAGUAGUAGUACUUGAGCCAAUGCAUACAGGUUGUCUGAACCAAAGAUUACAUUGUUGACAAAGUUGGCCCGUCUCCCAAACAGUUUUCGUAGCAUACAUCCCAGUUCAUUUUCGUCAGGUUUAUAGAGAU